ACAUUUGUUUUUUCUCUCGUGUUAAUUAUAUUCGUUCAUCUAGAAACUCCCAUCGGUUACUGCCAUUUAUGUCUCUCAGAGUCUCAGUAGCUCGUAUGGUCAUUGAAAUCAUCUCUCAUUCUAUCACCGAAGCUACAUCUCUUGCUCGUCUUGUCUCCGGAACUGAUGCUCGGCCGUGUGGUAGUCGCUCGCUCUAAUCGGUAAAACCUCUUGUAAGUUUUUUUCGAACUUCACUUUUUUAACGUUUUCUACUUCUCUUUUUGAUUUCAAUGUCUUUCAUAUUCAGAAUAUCUAAUGUAGAACUCCUUUGUUAGCCGAUCAAUGCUGAGAAAUUAAAAAUCGAUUUAUAUUUGAAUACUUGUCCGACUUGGAUUUCAUUGUCUUGCAUGUUGUUUUUUUCAAUUUGUUCUGCUUUUGUUGAAUACCUAAUGUUAAAUACCUAUUGUUGAAUCGUUUACCUCUGAUUUUGUUCUGCUUCAUGUGAGGCUAUCCAUGAAGAGUUAAGAGGCAGAAUACUGGCAACUGAAAAAAAAUAGAGACUGAAGAAUGAGAUUCUUUUGUAUGAGUAGAAGUUCAAAGUUCAGGAUGAUGCAAUUACCAAACUGAAUUCGUUUGUUCAGCAUUUGGUUAACACACAGUCCACCAAUCACACACCUCCAGAAGUCCACAAUGGCUUCUCGAGUUGACAGGUCUGGUUUUCAAAUUUCACUUACACCUUUAGUAUCACACGAGGGAAAUGAUGGGAAUGAUGAUAUUGGAUUGAACCAAACGAUUAGCAUAGCUUAUGAAAUGCUUGAGGGCAGUGAUAUCCAUCAGAUUAUAGGUGUUGCUUGUAUCUCAUCGAAUAAUAUUGUCCAAAUAAAGGUUAACAAAUUGUCGACUGAUGUUACACAUCUACCAGCUGAUCCCAUGCCCCAAAAUGAGCGCCAUAAACGCAAAGCAAUGGAACCUAAAAGAUACACACCUGGGUCUGAAGCGAUUAAAAAGGCCAAGAAAUCAGAUGUUCAUGCCGCCACGACCAAUCCAUUGACUGACACGCCCUUUUUGCUUAUAAAUAACCCUUCCAAACGUCAACAAUUCCACAAUUUUGUGAUGAAAAGACUACUCAGAGCUAACCACCAAGUGAAUGUUCAAAUUGCUUACACGCCUGACAUAGAUAAAGACUUUCUUAUUGAGCUUGAUCCUGGCCUUUGCAUUGAAUCAAAGACCUGGCUUUACAAACUAUACUAGAUGGGUCAGUGGCUAGAUGCAACGCAUGUUUGUUCGAUAUGUUUCUACCUAUGCAUGAAAGGACAAAUGUGGGGUUGGCCUCAGAAGUUCUCGACUGUCGAAACACACUUUCCACAACAUUUUAACCGUCUGUAUCAAGCGUAUACUGAAGAUCGUUCCUCCCCAAGCAAGUCAGUCUCUGAUAGGUUCUUCACUGACAAUGCACUUGGUGAUCCAACUCAGUAUUUACUCUCAUGUCUUUAAGCUAACUACAUUUACUUUCCCCUCACUUUGUCUUCCAAGCAUUGGAUUCUUGUAAUUCUUGAUGACCGUGCUCGGAUUCUAUGAGUUUAUGAAACCAACAAUCGUCGGACUACAGUGACACAUAAUAUUCAGGUAGAAAUGCAAGGUCUCAUUCACUAUUUGUCAUUGUUGUUGGCAGAAUUGCAGUCAAAAUCACUUCCUCAAUUUCUGAUAGUGACUACUCCAUUUUCUUGUUCCAUGUUUUCUCGAGUCCGACAACAGAUUAAUGGUGAUUGUGGUUUCCUCAUGUUAAACAUGGCUGAAGCGAUGCAGAUAGGAUUUCCAAUCAGUACCAUUUGUCCCAUUAGUACUCAUGAAUUCCAAAGUGGGCCCACAAUUUUAUGUUUAUGGGAGUAAAACGGCUAAAAAAAAUUCAGUUCUAGUCUUAGUUUCAUCAUUUUUAAACUAAUUCUCAAGUUGUUUCCUUAUGUACGAUACUCACUAUAAUUUUGCCCCUGUGUUUUGUUUUAGCUUUGAAAUCUCUUAUUAUAUUGAUGUCUUGACUCUAAGGAAUCUCUGUUUUCAGACAUAUUUGGUCCAUAUUAUAUAAAGACUUGUUUUGCUUUAUG